AUGUCGGAUGAGAAGCAAUGUUUGAAGGCCAGUUAUUUAUCUCCUUCUUAUAUUUUGCUAGGAGAUGAAUAUGAUCUUGUUCAGGCAUCUCAAAAUAUAUCCGGGCAACAGAAUAUUGAAGAACAGUACACGGAUUAUACGGCUGCCGAUUUCGACUACCUUUCGCCGAACGUACAAGCUCUCUUAGACCGAUAUCUGCCUCUAGAGCCCCCCAAAGUGAUUGACCAGAUCAAAAAGACAUUAGAUUCUGCUGAUAUAGGUGGAAUUAUGCCUACGGCAGCGUAUGAUUUCCAUCUCUCUACCAUAGGAGGUUUGGUAGAUGAGCUCUGCAAGAAACAUGGAAUGAAUGCUCGUAAUCCACCAGAUUUGAUAUGUGUAACCCGAGGUCCUGGAAUGACAGGAUCUUUAUGUUCGAGCACACAAUUUGCCAAAGGGUUAUCUGUUGCAUGGGAUGUACCAAUUGUAGGUGUUCACCAUAUGUUAGGGCAUUUGCUUAUAGCCCAGCUUCCUAAGACCGAGCAGCCAUGGUUGGGUGCUCCUAAGUAUCCUUUUCUUAGUUUACUUUGUAGCGGAGGUCACACGAUGUUGAUAUUGCUGAAGUCGAUUCAGGAGCACGAGAUCAUUGUCGAAGUGAAUGACAUCGCUGUGGGAGAUUCUCUUGACAAAUGCGCUCGCGAACUUGGGCUUUAUGGGAAUAUGCUCGGACAAGAACUAGAAAAGUAUAUCAAUAAUUUCCCUGAGGAACUCAAACAAGAGUUCGACAAUGUUGAUAUAGAAACCAGGGACAACGAGUACAAGUUCAAACUCAAGAUGCCAUUCAAAGGACCAGGAACUGGACGAGUUCCUAAGAAUAUCCAGUUUUCGUUUGCUCAGUUUUUGAGUGCUAUUCAAUCGUACCGGAUUCAUUAUUUAAACAACGAGCAGUUUGACAAUAAAACGAAGCAGAUGAUCGCUUACAAGACACAAGAGACAGUAUUUGAUCAUAUAGUGGACCGUAUCAACGUAGCAUUCCAGAAACACGGCUUGGACAGAAGCGUGUAUAGAAACGCCGAUGGAAAGUUCGUAGGUAUCCAAGACUUCAUCUGUUCCGGAGGUGUAGCAGCAAACAGGCGUUUGCGUCAAAAGUUGAGUUCGAAUCUUGAGUAUAAGGAAGCGUUACGAACCGACCAAGAUUUAGCGUUCCAUUUCCCGGACUUAUCGCUUUGUACGGAUAAUGCCAUCAUGAUCGGAGUUGCCGGAAUCGAAAUCUUUGAGAAAUUGAGAGUCAAGUCGGACUUGAACAUCACUCCUAUAAGAAGAUGGCCCAUGAACCAGUUGCUUGAUGUGGAUGGCUGGGUAAAGGUGGAUGACGCCGAGUUCAACAAAGUGUGCAAGUUUGAAAACUAA